AUGUCCCGCACCCCACCUCCGUUCCCAGACAAGGUGAGUCCGUCUGCGGUGGAGGAGUACACCCGCCAGCUAUCGGCCUGGCACCCUCCUGUGGCCAAUGGCAUUGCCGAGGGACCUGUCCUUGCUGCCGCCCUCCUUGCCCACCUACCGUGUCCGGCCAUUGUGGCUGCGCUCUCUGCCCGCAUUCCGUCCACAUCGGCAUCAGGAAGCUCUCAUCCACAUCCGCAAGCCAUGCAGAGUGCACGUGGUCAUCCGCUGGCUGCUCUGCUCAAGCUCAUCCUCACUCGCAUCAUCCACGGGCCGCUCGCCCCGCCGGUGGCUGCCCUCCUCGCCAAGCUCGACGCCGCUCUCCUCGCUCCGCUCAUCGUCUCGGGCGCGCUGGCCCCGGCUACUGCGGCGGGCCUCGCCGCCGGUUUGAUGGUCGACUUGCUGCCGCCGAGGGCCGACAUGCCUGUCUCGCCAACCGGCUCUGCCGUCCUCGUCCUCCUCUCAACCGCCCUCGUCCCGGCUCUGCUCGCCGCAGACUGCCUCCCGGACGAGCUCGACGUCCUUGCCAGCCACGACGCACUGGCGCUCAGCCAGCUGCGGGCCCGCCCGGCUGAAGUUCUCGCCGCGCUCCCGCACAACCCGGAUCCGGAGCGCAUCGCCCGCCUCGCCCGGCUGGUUGCCGCCGACGAGCAGGGCCUUGUCGCCGCUGCGCUCGCGAGCUGGCUCGUUGCGUCGCUCGCCCACCUCGGCUGGGCGCCACCCCUCUUCGCCGCCCUCGCCGUUGGCACUCCGCCGACUGACGUCUUGGCUUCGCUCACUGCGCUGACCACGAGCACGGCUGGCGCAGACUUCUUUGCCCCGCUCGAGGCCAAGCUGCUCGGCGCGGUCGUUGCAAGCUCGGCCCGGGCGUCGCCCGCCUCGCUCGGGCCGUGGCUCUCUGCGCUUGCUGCGGCGUACACACCUGCGCUCGAGUCGCUGCUGAGCGGGGAGCUUGUCGACGCCGUCCGCGCCGCAGGCGGCCUCUGCCCGCAGCUCUGCAUCUCUCCGCUACUCGACCUCCUCGAGACUGCAAGCUCUGCACACCCCUCGAACCAGCCGUGGUACCAUGGCGCCGGCCUUGUGCUCGUCUCCGCUGAGGUCCUUGCCGCCGCCUUGCAGCGGGUGCCGUCGCUGGCAGCGGUCGAUGCUCUGCUCAAGUCGCUGCUCUCGUCGGCAGCGGGGACGAACGCUGCCGGCCUCUGGGCAUGCUCCGUCGACAAGCUGCUCUCUGCGCUCCCGCCGCUGAUAGAGGCAAACGACGAGGGCAAGGCCAAGCAGGUGCUCGGCGCGCUGCGGAUGGUGGCCACUUCGCCGUCGUUUGUCGAGCUCAGCACCGGACAGGAGGUGCUGCGCAGGACGCGACUGCUGGUCUCGCUCGCCCGAGCGACCCCUAGCAUUGCCGCGCCGGCCCUUGGCCUCCUCGGCGCCGCGCUCGCUGCAGUCUCGGCCAAGGAUGAGGUGCUGGCGGAAAUGGAGACCGCGGCGCCGGGCGUGGCCGCGACGUCGGGCGCGUUUGUGCUCUCAGUCGAGGCGAUCCACUCGCUGCUGGAAGAGGUCUGGGUGCUGAUGUUGGCCAGCAUGCAAGAUGCCGACGCUGCCCAGCAUCAGCGCGACAUCCUCGCUGCAGGACGGUCGGUCAUGCACCACCUCGGCUGCUUCUCCGAGGCCUCGUUCCACCACCUGGUCAUCACCCUUGUCGACACGGCCUUCUCGCAUCUCGCCAACAACCUGCUCCGCGCCACGCCGACGUACGCCUCACUCGCGGACACCCAGCUCUCGCUGCUGGCACGGGCGAACGCCUCAGGCGAGGUUCCAGCCCAGCUCGACGUCUCGACGCUCGGCAUGGAGCUGGCGGCGCCGCUGACACAGCAGCUGGCAGCGGUGGUGAGCACCCGCUCGACCACCUUUGUCGAGCGCACGUCGGCCUCAUUUGAGGCCUUUGUCUCGCGCCCGAGCUCGCUGCUGGAACAGACCGCAGCGCCGGGUUCGAGGGCAUGA